AUGACUACAAUAACAAAUCAUAAAAAGGAUGAUGUCCUAACGUCGUUUGUUAACGUCGAAAAUUUUAUAAGAGCAUACGUGAAAGAAGGUACGGAAGGUACCUCGACAUAUGGUUUCACUACGAUUGAUCAAUUUAUAGAUAAAAAUUUUGAAUUACUUUUGGAUUCUCAAAAAUUCAAUACAAUCGAAUCAGAAUUGACAAAUAAAGGCACUAAAGAACAAUUGAACCUGAGGGGUAUUACUUACAAGACAUGUAGAGAAAAUAAUGAAACAGCAUUCCAUAUUUCAAAACUGUUUAAUUUAAAUUAUUCAGAAUCCAUUAGAGUAUUAUCUCAAAUGACAGAUUCUUGGGAUUAUAAUAAUAGUGCGUCUUUGGAAACAUUGACAGAAUGUGUAUUGAAGGAAAGAAAUUCUACCAUUAAUGUGGUUUCUUUACUUUUCAAUGAUAACGAUUUGCCUAUCCUUGAAAACAAAUAUUUUGAUAAACUAACAGACAGUGAAACAAAAAUUACAAUUGCAAAAAAUCUUAUUAGAUCUAUUGAAUUUGUAUUGACCACAUUUAAUGUAAAUGAUGAUAUUUCUACUAAUUCUUCUGAAUUUAAAUUAUCAAAUGCUGAAUUUGCUGAUCUAUUAAAAAUGAAAAAUUCCUAUGAUUUAAUAUAUCUAACGAAUAUUUUAAAGCUAUUAUCGAAUCUAGUACUUAACACCAUGGUUCCAGUGGAAAUAGUGAAAAGUUGGUUCACAGUUUCAAUCGACAUGGUCGCAUUUUUAAAAAAUAACUUGUCAUCCAUCAUUAUUAACAUACCAAUGAAUAUAAUAACAAAAGUUGAAUCGUUGGUCACCAUUAACUCUCUACUUAUAUUAGGUUUGGAUACCACAAUAUCUUCUAUUAAUAUCGAUACGCCAUAUUUCAAUGAUCCUGUAUGUUUUACCCAAGUACAACUUAUGGUUGAUGAUUUAGCAACAGAUUCUAUUUUAUCCUACAUGUGGUCAUUUGUUCUUUAUACUAAAACAUAUUUGAUUGAAGAAGAUACCACCAAAAAUGCCAUUUUCUUAGACCAAUUCUUAAAAUUGAGCCAAAUAGAUAUAUCUAUUGAAGAUUUAUCGACAUUAUAUGCACAACGAGCAGAAUCAUGCAAUGUCCUAGCAGAUAUGAUAAAGUUGACUGACUCUCUGGCGACAGAUUAUCUAUAUCCAACAAUUAUGUCAUCAUUUCUAACUUUCCAAUUGAAUUUUAUUCCUAUUACUGUUGAGGUGUCAAACGUCAUUAAAAGAAUAUUAUUAAAUACUCCACGAGAGUUCGUUGAAAAAUUCUUAACUAGCGAAAUAUUUGAUAGAAAAUUAUCUGUCAUUCUAGCUAAGUUACCAUUGGUUGAUGAUGCGUUAAUCCCAUUAAUAAAUAUUUGUUCAUCAAAUAUUGAAUUUGCCAAUUUCCAUCUGCAUAGAUUAAACACAUAUGCCAGCAACCUAAAUCUAAGUAAGAUUGAAUACGAUAUCGUAGAUGAAGAAUCAAUGGAUGAGGAAAAUAAUAAAUUAAAUACUCCAAAUAAUGUCCCAAACACCACUGAAAUGAUUAGAUUAAGUAAGGAUAUCAUGAUACAACCUCCGUUAGAAACAGAUAAAAAUAUACUAAUGCCUAUUCCAAAAGAUACAAGAGCAAAGAUAUUACAAACUGGAUCGACAGCAGAAGAUAGCAUCCUAGUAUUCCUUUACGAUUACAAUGGUUGGUCAACAAUCGGAUAUGCUUUUCAGAAAUUGUGCGAAGUAUACACUCAAAAAAGUGAUCAAAUGAAUGAUAAGUAUUAUGACAUGAUUGUCUCAAUUAUAGAAUUGCUUUCAAGCGUUGUAUCUCCGGGAGUUCCUAUCAACCAGUCAUCAGUUAUCUUAACCGAUACGUCUCGUAAUAUAGACGACGAAAGUAUUAUUUUACUUGUUUUUAAAGUAUUUGAAGCAGCUAUUAGGAAUAGAGAUUACAAUAUGGCUUGCGUAUGCUGUGAUUUUGCAAAUACAUUAGUUCCAAAUUAUCCUCAGUAUGUCUGGAAAUAUCUAGCACGUUCAGAUCUGUUGGAUAGGUACGGAAAGACUGGACUUGCCAGUACUAUUUUGGGUAUACUCGAAUUAUCAAAUGGAGCCUAUAAAUUCACCAUUUCUCUAAGUAAACUAGCUAAUCUAUUGGUAGAGGAAUCAUUAUUAUUAGGUACGAAUAUGUCGUCGAAAACAAAAGAGGAUAUAUUAAACAAGUUGAUUACAUAUUUUUUGAACAUCUACGAAAGUUAUCAUUUUUGGAAAUUUGAAAAUAUUUAUGAAAGAUUUGAGUUGGGAUCCCAAUUAACAAAAUUAUUUAUGAAUGUUUUAUUCAAUAUUUACAGCAUUGAUUCUCAGACUCCCCCAGAGAAGAAGGUUACACAUGUGUUAGCAAAAUCUGGUAAAUUGUUACUUAAUGGAUUCUUGGGUGUACAAUCAUCUGAAUCUAAUUGUGCUAGCAGUUUAAUUAAAAUAUUAACUUCUUAUACGGAUAAGCAAGUAUAUGCUUUAGGAAAUCUUGUUUUUGGACCAAUAUACAAUGAAUUAGUUAUGACUUCAUUUGAUCUUUCAAUUUUAUUAGUAUCGUUGAGAAAUUCAGUACACAUGAGAAUGAGCUCAUUAGAACAAUUGAUAUUCACGAACUCCUCACAAUUAAUUGAUAUUUAUUGUCUUUCGAGAUCUCUAAAGAGACCUAUUAUUAAUUUAUUAAAUACCAUUGUCUCCAUUUCUUGGAUAGAUGAAAAUCCACUCGUAUUAUCAUAUUUAGGGGAAACCCAUGCCAAGAUAUUUGUUCAUGUUAUUGAGGCAGAUCUAGAAAAUCCAUUGGAUGACUUUAAAUUAUCAAAUGACAUUUAUGAAUUUUUGGGUGCAUUACUUGAAAGUAAACAACAUGGUCUCUCGAUAUUAUUUUUAACUGGUGAUAUUGCAACAAGUAGUAACAUAGAUAGAAAAGAGCAAACUGACAAGAAUAAUCGCCCAAAUAAGUCGAUCCUAACGGUUUUACAAAAUAACGCCUUAAAAUUGAAUCUACUUCCAGAUUAUGUUUCUUGUGCUUUGUUGGAUGCUAUUGCCUUUGCAUUCAAUUCAUGGGUUCAUAAGAAGAAUAUUAAGAACGAUGGUGCAUUCAUAGACACUUUGAUGAAAAUUUUCAAACAGUUCAAACCUUCUGAUGCUACCGUUGAUGAUAUGACUAAUGAUAAGAUUUUGGAGGUCUCAAAUAAAUUUAGGCUUGCCUCUCGUAUAGCCGAAAUAUUUGCGUUGUACGUAUACAGUUCAGAUAAUACAUCUUCUUCAUCUAUCCAUCAACUUUUAGGCUCAGAUGAUUUGUUUUCUAUUAUUAAACCAUAUUUUGAAAUUCAAAACGAAUAUAUUGAUUUCCUCGAAAAUAUUAAUCAACGUUUUGAUAAGAAAUUUACAAACCUGUCGUUGAGCAGAUUUAGAUUAGAACCUCUGAUCAAACCACAAAGUCAUCACAAUUGUGAUAUGUUUAAUUUAGAUUUAAUUUCUACACUAUUUAUUGGGAAGACAGAUGCAGUUGAACUAACAGAAAAGAUAUCUCUGAUUCAGGAUAUUAAGAAUGUUUCUUUAAGAUUACAAUACGUCAAUCAUCAGAUAGCUGCAGCCAAGGCAUGGGGAGCUUUGUUGACUUCCUAUAUCAAAGGUUCUACUGUUCAGUUGAAGGACACUUAUAUUGACAUUAUUUGUUACUUUUUACAAACUAAUAUUGAUGGAAAGAUGGCCAGUGGCUUAUUGGCAGACGUAUUUCAAGAAAGAAUAGAAUUAUGCUUCUAUAUAUUAUAUUCCUUCCGCAAGAACAAAAAAAUGAUCCCUGAGAAGAAAUUAAUAAAAAUUUUAUCUGAAUUAAUUAUUAUCUUCAAAUCUAAUUCCAUCAAUUAUUUGAAGAAUGUAGCAUCAUCUAUCAAUAGAGAAUUAUACAGACCAAUAUUACGUUCAGUGCUAAUUAUUUUUGAACUAGUUCAAAAUAAUGAGCAGUUUGUGGACGUUGCUUCUGAUUCCAUUCUAGAAUUCUUUGAAUGGAGUUUCUCAAAGGGUGUCUACUUAAUAUUAUCUAAUAUAUUGGCUGAUAUGACUAAUGCCACGACAAAUUUGGAGUCAACUAUUAUUUGCGAUAUGGAUGAAAAGAUUCAAGACAUAUUUUUAUUGUUAUCCUUAUUUAACAAAAUUAAACAAUUAAACCCACCAGGCUCUUUCAACGAGAUAUUAGCGUCAUCAUUAAAUGAUGUUGGUACUAUUAAAGUGAUUUUGAAUUUAUAUUCCAGUUUCCCAUCCAUUAGAUUAAAUGGCGAACCUUUAUUAGGCAAUUUAAUUCUAACGUUAGUCUCUGAAUUAUGUUCGGUGAAGGAAAUAUCUAGUAAAUUCAUUACAAAUGGUCUGUUUGCCGUCCUAUUAGAGAGUUCCUUAUCAGUGAUCUUACAAGAAGGUAAUAUAAAACCAGAAACUCAACCUAGAUUACAUAAUAUAUGGAGUAAUGGAUUACUAAGUAUCAUGCUUUUGUUAGUCAGUGAGUUUGGUAGUAAUAUCUUACCAGAGACAUGUUUAUUUGCAUCUUAUUUUCAUAAACAAAUUCAAUCUACUAUCUUUUCCUGGUCUGACAGUAAUUUAGUUGUGUCUACCGCAUUAAUUAGAGAGACUACACAAUUAAUCCUGUUACAAAGAAUGUUAGAGAAACUAAAUUAUCAAGGUUACUUAUUAAAUUCUAAUAUUCCAAAUAUCGAAGACAAGAAAUUUAAUAAUGUUAAUGACGAUCCAAAUGGUCAAAUUGCUCAUCUAAUGAUUGGUUUGGAUUCGAUGGAGGAGAAAAAAGCAUUAAAUAUGACUUUAAACAAAUUAUUAACUCAUCCAAAGUAUUUAAAUUCAAGAAUCGUUGCAUCAACACAAGAAGAACAACAUACGUUAGAUGACGAAACCAAGAGAUCAGGGUUUGUCUCUCAUCUCAAUUCGAGUAUCAAAGAACUACAAAGGUCCCUAUUUGAAGUGUUGUGA